AUGUUACCUCGCUCUGAUGAUGUCCGUCAAAUAACGGACGAAAACUUAGCACCUGUUCACCGGAAUCGAAUGAGAUUGCUUCGGAAGCAGCGUCAGCAUGAAUGUUCCAGUAGAGCCAAUCGACGGCUUGUCAAGAGCAAUCCAUCGUCGUAUGUUGGGGUAACGGAUCUUGGAAUCUCUUCUCCCAACACUUUCACUCGAAAUGGAAGUAAGCUCAACAAGUAUGAGACAAUAGAUUCCUCGAAACCCAACCUUUCUUCGCAAAUAUAUCUCAUGUGA